AUGCGUUUCCCAGCUGGUUCAACUAGACGAGGCGAUUACCGUCAAUUGACAAGCACUUUCCGCGUGGCAGCAUUGUCGACCUCGUCGUUUUCAACGGGUGAAGACGACAAGAUGUCGAUGGUGCUACAGCUGCUGCAGCGUGUAGCAGAUGGAAAAGUGUCACCUCAAGCGGCUGCGGAGCAAUGCAGUUCAAUUGCUGCAACGUACGAAUCAGUCGAAGAGUUUGCCAAGAUUGACACAACACGCAAAGCUCGUACUGGGUUUCCGGAAGCCGUGUACGCUGAGGGCAAAACGCCCGACCAAGUGGCAGCUAUUAUGAAAGUGAUGAUGGACAAAAGCGACGAUACGGUCAUGGCUUCCCGUGUGACGGCAAAGGCUGCUGCGAGAAUUCGUGCCUUGAUCCCAAAUCAAGAUCUGACGUACUACGAGGUGCCUCGAAUCUUGGCAUCAUCGGCAUCUCGAGCAAAGGGCGUCGGAAACAGACUUACGGAUACUGGUGAGAAGGAACGCACAGUGUGUGUACUGUGCGCCGGCACAUCGGAUCUUCCAGUCGCGGAAGAAGCUGCUGUAACUCUUGAGCUGGCUCACUACGGCGUCACUCGCCUCUACGAUGUGGGCGUGGCUGGAAUCCACCGGUUGCUGCGCAACCAGCACAUUUUGCAAGCAUCGGACGUCGCCAUAUGCGUGGCUGGGAUGGACGGUGCUUUACCUGGUGUAGUGGCACGUAUCACGUCCGUGCCGGUGAUUGCUGUACCUACGAGUGUCGGCUACGGCGCAGCGUUCGGCGGACUGGCUCCGCUACUGACGAUGCUCAAUGCUUGCUCACCUGGCGUUGGCGUAGUCAACAUCGACAACGGCUUUGGUGCUGCUGUUCUUGCCGGUACGAAAAUGUCCAUUGUCGUGAUUCGCUUCUGA